AUGUUGAGAGCUUGUCGCGUGCAAAAGACGUGCGGUCACGCGGUCCUCUCGCUGACCGCCCCUCCCCGGCCGCCGCCCCCCUCCGACGGCCCCUCCGACGACUCCCUCGAAUAUAAUAUGCAUUAUGCGAAAUCCGUAAUUCUUACGUCCGACGUCCGGCCGAGAAUGCCUCCUCCGCUCGCCGCGAGGGUAGAUCGGCGAGAGGGCGCGGGCGAGCCUGCACUCUCGAGAUAA